GAAGAUCAUGAGUGCUUUUACAAUCGGUGUUAUUACAACAUUUUUACUCAUAAUAAAUCUUGCCGAACACGGACCAGAGUUCUUCAGAAAUACUUUUUAUUGUCAAAAUUAUGAAGAAAAUUAUUAUAGCGAUGUGGAAGAUGAACUUGAUUAUUACACUGAAUAUGAUCAAUACGGCGAUUACGAUCAAUAUGAAUGA